CCGCCGCCCCUACCCUCCUCUCCCUUCGGCUUCCCCACCACGACAAAACCUCGUCCUCAUCGAGUCAAAACAACCCAUGAAACCCUAAAACCCCAAUCCCCCCAGCCCAAUCCGCCAUUGCCUCCCCGAUGCAAGCGUCCGCGCGCCUCUACACCGCCGCCGCAUCCAAGCGGGUGAUUGCGGGCGUCUCUAGCACGAUCUCGCGCUCGUGCCACCGGACUUGCCGAUGGAAGUCACAUGCCGCGCCGCUGUCCGCUCAGGAGGCGCCCAAAGGGCCAAAGAGGAUGACCAAGCAGGAGAGGAGGGUUAAAAUAGAGAAAUUUGUUGAGGAGUAUAAGGCAUCGAAUGAUGGUAAAUUCCCCACGAUGACGACUGUUCGUCAACAUGUUGGAGGGGGUCACUACACGGUGAGGGAGAUAGUUCAGGAACUUGAGUACAACCAGAGAAUGUUACAACUGGACCAGUCUAAGGCAGCUGAGCUGCCCGAAACAGCUGAACAUUCUGAGCAUUUAAAGCCCAAGGAUGUCCAUGGAAAUGCUCAAUUUAAUUCUGAAAGCUUCAGUGGAAACCAAAAUACAGAUGACCUUCACCUCUCCCAGAAAGUUGCUGCUACCAGCACUGAAAUCAUAGAUAAGACUGAAACAUGGAGAUUGGAAGAAUCACAGAUGACAUCAGGCACUUCUCAUUACACUGGAGAAACAGAAGCUGUCAAGCAAGACCUUCACACUGCAGAUAGUUUACAGGGUGCAAAUGAAUCAAUCAAGUCAUGUCAAACAGAAAGUGACAGCAUAAAGAAUGAAGAUUCCAUAUCUCUGGGACUAGAUACUAAAUCAGAUCCAACUGACCUAGAACUAGGGGAAAGCAAAUCUGACAAGAUAGAGCUGAAUAGUACAGCAAGGUUUAAGAAUGUCAGUGAACCACCUGUAUCAGAUCCAAUUGAAGGUGAUAAGACGGUCAAGGCAAAUGUACUGGACAGAGAAGAGAACCCGGAGGUUGAGCCGAAGACAGGUCUUUUUGGGAGCCUGAAAUCUUUUGCUUCUGGGAUCAGAAAUUUUUGGAGAAAACUGUGAAUUUCUUGUUAUGUCUGGAAGAUGACACAUUCCUCUUGCUGCUACGACUUUGCGAGGCUGGAGCAAAUUAUGACGUUUUCUGAAAGCUGUAGAAUUGGUUAUCAGCCUUUGAAAUUUGUGAGCCUGAAGCAAAUUGUAAAGUCGCCUUUAAGCUACCGAAGUAAUGGUCAAAUUCAUGCUGUCACGUUACUGACAAGCUAGGUAUGAGCAUUGUGUAUCCAUUGGGCGAUCAUUUUAGUUUUUGGUGACAGGGCCAAUAGUUCUGUUUCCAUCCCAUGCAAUUACAUACGGCAAUCAUGUUCGAGUUUC